ACCCUAACUUAUUUUGGAUCAGGAUCUCCAUGGCACAUGAACUAGAAAGUAACCUGCAAUAGAAGGUCUCUUUUAUUUUGAAGCGACAGUCUUUAUCAAAAUGGUUGGAAAGCUCAAGCAGAACUUGCUGUUGGCAUGCCUGGUGAUCAGUUCAGUGACAGUGUUCUACUUGGGCCAACACGCCAUGGAGUGCCACCACCGCAUAGAGGAGCGCAGCCAGCCGGCGCGGCCGGAGAGCCUGAGAAGCACAGCGAGAACUGCUUCCAAUGGAAACACAAAUAAAACCUUUGCUUACAACAAAGACAUGCCUUUAAUAUUUAUUGGAGGAGUACCUCGAAGUGGCACUACGUUAAUGCGUGCCAUGCUUGAUGCUCAUCCGGAUAUUCGAUGUGGAGAGGAGACGAGGGUAAUCCCACGAAUUCUGGCAGUGAAGCAGAUGUGGGCCAGGUCGAGCAAAGAGAAGAUCCGGCUGGAUGAAGCUGGAGUCACAGAUGAGGUCCUGGACUCAGCCAUGCAAGCGUUUUUAUUGGAAAUCAUCGUGAAACAUGGGGAGCCUGCGCCUUAUUUGUGUAACAAAGACCCUUUUGCUCUAAAAUCCUUAUCUUAUCUUGCUAGAAUUUUCCCCAAUGCCAAAUUUCUUCUAAUGGUACGGGAUGGUCGUGCAUCUGUACAUUCCAUGAUAUCUCGAAAAGUCACAAUAGCUGGGUUUGACCUCAACAGCUACAGAGACUGUUUGACCAAGUGGAAUCGUGCUAUAGAAACUAUGUACAACCAGUGUAUGGAGGUUGGCUUUGAAAGAUGUAUGCUGGUACAUUAUGAACAGCUUGUAUUGCAUCCUGAAAGAUGGAUGAGAACUCUCUUAAAGUUCCUCCGCAUCCCAUGGAACCAAGCAGUUCUGCACCACGAAGAAAUGAUUGGGAAAGCUGGGGGUGUUUCUCUUUCCAAGUGAGUAUGAGCGUUCCUCUCUUG